UUUCAGCUAAUAAUUACAAAAUGUGCGACGAAGCCGCCCGUCUUGCCAAAAUCGGCCGUCAAGAGUAUGAUCUCAUUAGAAUCCACGACGCGCCAAAUUGCGAUGAUCAGACAAAGUUCGAGUGUGACUUGGAAUUGGCUCGGUAUCAAGUAAUUCGCAGUGAAAUGGCUUUGAAAAACGUAUACAACGAGGAAUUUGUGACCCCUGCAAAACUCCGUUAUCUCCGUGAUGAUCUGGAAGCCGCCGAGGAGCAUCUGAAAAAGUUGCUUGAAACCUCCCAUUGACGCGUUUGAUCGAAACGGAUUCUGUACAUACCUUCCAAAUUGUUAUUUUUUGUGCUGUGAAGAAAUGAAAAUAAAAUAUAUUGCUUUUUU